AUGCCUCACACCGAACCCACCUUAGAAAGCCUUCGCGAACAAGCCUGGCAACAGCUCAUUGAGAGUGGCCGCCAGUUGAGGGCGCAGGUCAAAGAGGAGACGAGGGAAUCAACCAAAUUGAAAUUCGACCACAACAAGAAGAACUUGGCCAAGAUCAAAAAGAUUUUGAAGGAGAAAAAAAGGAUUCCAGUCAGUCGUCAUGUGGUUAAUAUGCAUUGGGAAGGCGACUUACACAUUCCAGUCGAAGGCUUGGAGGGCUUCGGGCAUUUCAAGAUCACGGACGAGGCCCUUGAGACGAUUCUUGCCAUUAUCGUCGCUGGCACUGAUCACGAUGACGAUGAAGACUGUGAGCUCAAGGACUAUAGGGUGAUUCGUGCUGGCGACGUUGAAUUUGACCACCGCAAUAUUGAAGAGGAAGUGAAAAGAAUCAAGGCCACCCCCAGAAAUGAAAUCAGAUUCCGUGAUCUCGACGUAGACUAUGAAUGGGUCAUGUUUUGA